CUCUAAUCUCGAUCCAAUGGAAAUCUACUCUCCUACUCACUCCGAGUUAAUCAACCAUACAUACGACUGCAUGACUGCAUCGACUGCAUACCUACCUAAUGUAGGUACAAUUUAAUGCGCGCAAUACACUGCAUUCAUAUUACUUGUUUUAAUAUUGACGCGUGUUGAUAUAAAUCGGGUUACCCUACCUUAGGCCAUUCUGGUACCUACGGAAAGAUGUCCAAGAAUCAAGAUUUCGACCUCCUGAAACCUGUGACCACCUCCCCACAACGGCCUCGUCACCAAGUAAGACGGUCGAUAACUGAAAUGUCGUCGCCAAUCAAGUUGCCCCGGCAUCACCACCUACAUCAUCUUCACCAGCGAAAGGAUCGCGACAACGAUGACCAUACUUCCCAAUCCGCAAACCCCAUGCUUCUUCACUUACCACGAGGCUCAUUUGAGCUGCCCCGAUCCGAAGGCACCACGCCAUAUGCGAAUUCCGAAACAAAUCUCAGAACCGGCAUACUAAACUCUUCGUCCGACGACACUAUACGUAGUACCAAACCUACGGCCCUUGUGCCGACCCCGAUAACUGAAGAGGACCUAGCGCACGAGCAGAGAGAAAAAGUAGCGUCAAGUUUAGCGGGAUUGAGAAAGUCGCUAGUAGAAUUAGGCAAUUUUUCGACUACCACGACAAUGCGUCUAGAUGAUACAUAUUACAGUGUUCUUGAGAGGUUGGGCAUGCUUCAGAGUACGAUAGUCUCCCUUAGGGAACUCACGAGUAUGUCGCAGGAGCUAGACGAAAGCUUCAAAGCAGAGUCGCAAGGACUAGUGGACGAGUUGGAGCAACAGGCCGACGCGUUCGGUCACUUUGACGAUCAGCAGAGACGCAUCGAAGAGCUACAAGGUCGCAUACACGCAGGCCGUGACAUGGUCGAGACCCUCAGCAAGCGGGUAGAUGUAGUGCGGGAACGGAUCGAAGGCUGGGAAAGGGCGGAUAUGGAAUGGCAAGAAAAGACAAGAAAACGUCUGAAGACCAUAUGGAUCAUCACGUCCGUGGUGAUUUUCUCACUAAUUCUCAUACUGGUUGUAGCCCAGUACGCGCCUUCGUCUGAAAAUAUCUCGGAGGUUCUGGAUCUGACGUCAAGUAACGGACAAGGACAGCCAGAUUUGAGUAACGUAGUUGGCAACCAAACUAUGAACGCUGCCUCUAUGGUGGACGAGGUGAGAGAAGCACUCAGCAGCAGAAAACUCAAUGAGUCUACCGGGAAUGGCGUGUUCCGAGCCCUCGAUGAGCUAUAACUCGAAGUCUUGGCCAUCCGACUAGCACUUGAGGAAUUAAUUCCCCUAGAAGUAAUGAUACCCCCCCAACAAUUGUCUUCGAUAGAAGGUUUCUAAGUAUAACAUCAUACAUAUAAUCAACAUUAUCAAGGUACUAUUAUUAUAUUGCCGACCGGUCGUCCUUAUCUUUAACACAUAAGUUGCUCUUAUUACCUAUGCUGCAGUGGUGGCUAUUUAACUUCCGCCAACAUUGUUUAUGUAAAUAGCUAAUAUACUUAUAAUUAGUUCAUUCAUCGAGCGUCAUCGUUUCGAAAGCUCAUCAGAAG